AUGUCAUAUAGCCACCGAUUGGGCUGCGAGACAUCCUGGUCGCUGGGUCGGAGGAAGCAUUUCUUUUCGCCCACCGCUGCCCACGAGCAGCCAUCGACAUGUUCCAAGGCAAGAAUGGGGACUGUUCAUGUCCAGAACCCGAAAGUUUUCCUCGUCUCACCAGCAAAGCACAUUCUAUGCAAGGACACGUUGUAUGUGCCUAUUAAAGUCGAGUGA